AAAAGUUUAUGAAUUUAGUUUAAAGUGUACGUUUAACUCCUGCAAUGGAUUUUUCUGCCUGUGCAAAAGUCAGGUGGAUACAAGGAUUUACAAAUAAGGACGUGUACUUUGUCGACAGAAACACCAUAGGAUACCCAUGUGGAAAUUAUAUUUAUUUUUUAGAUUUGAAUAGUAAAAAACAAACUAUACUUCAUUGUCCGGGCAGAGGUGUUAGUGUAUUCACUGCAAAUGGAAACAGUGGAAUAUUUGCAUUUUCUCCACGUGGGCUGAACCCGUCCAUAUUUGUGCACAGUCAUCCUUCACUAGGGUUAAAGAAUGAGCUUGCAGGAUCAUCCAGUCUCGACUAUAUUUCUUUGGCGUUAAGUGAUGGUGGGCCAUAUUUAGUGAGCUGUUCCUCUCUUCCAGACUACACCAUAACAGUCUGGAAUUGGGAAAAUGCAACACCACUUUGUCAACAAGAACGUGGUGGGAAUAGUACAUGUUCUUUAGUAUUUAACCCUUGGAAUUGGCUUCAAAUUUGUGCUUUAGACAAAUCCACGCUCACAGUUUGGAAUAUUGAGAGGAAUGGUAGUCUUCAUGUUCUUAAACCAUGCCCAGUAGAACUUCCAGAUGCCGAUGGUGCCAUUGUAAAGAGAUUUGUGCUCAGCUCCCAUAGCGUCAAUGAAGAGCUUUGCUACUAUGGACCUGAGCUGCCUCCAUCAGCGAUUGCAGGCCUCAAAGGAGACAAGACAGAAGACAUUGUGAACAAAAUUUUCAGAAAGGCCAGAGUGACUCCUGCUGUCAUUUGCUGGACAGCCACAUCACACCUCUAUGUAGGCUGUAAAGAAGGGUUUUUGCUUCUUGUUGAUCCAGAGCACCUCUCGGUUUCUAUUCUCUUCGAUCCCAAAACUUCUGAAGUCCCUCAACUGAAGCAUGGCUUUCAAGCGUUCACCCUUUAUAAAGACCACAUAAUUGCGGUAGGAAAGAAUGAUGUAAUUCAUGAAUUACAAAUAAAAGGAACACAGAUUAAAAUUACAAAAACAUGGGAAUUAGCCUGCCCUGUUACAACUGUUCUGUACUCUCCGAACUAUGAAACUUUACUCUGCACUUCUGAUAUGGGUCAAAUUUUCACAAUGAACCAAAACCCGACAGAGAAUGUGACAAAAGUACUGGAUGUUUUCUGUGGGGACUUUGUAGCUUUAACUUUCUCACCCACUGACAAGAACAUAUGUCUGACUGUGAGAGACCCAGGGCAACUGCAAGUGUGGUCUACAGAUGGCAUAAUCCUUGGCUCCUUGUCUGUACAAACAAAGAUAACAAGUAUGGCGUGCUGUCCCAUUGCAAACUAUGUGGUUUUGGGAACAGCUUGUGGAAAAGUUCUCUUCACUGAUGUCAGAGAUCCACAACAGCCUCGCAUAGUGCAUCAAACACACCUGUAUCACACAUCUGUGGAUCAUUUAGUGUUUGAUCAUGAUGGUCACUACCUAUUUACAAGUGCACCAGAUUCCUACAUGUAUGUUCUUGAUCCCAAGCCAUCGUCAAAGUUUGCUGUCUUAGGAUACACAGUCUUACCAAGCCCAUCUUUGACUCUAUCUGCUCAGUAUAUAAAGGAAAGUGAGCAGGUGAAAGUUCUCGCAUUGUGUGCUGACUCAGACAAGAAUUACAGCAGACUGCUGACACUUUUGUCUUUACCUGCAGAGAAGCUUAAUGAAAUCCCCAAUAGUGUAGACCGAAAUGGUGGUCUAUCAAAUAAUGUCCUAAAUUUGUCCAAAUAUGAAGUUCCUCAUCUGCUUACAUCUUGCAUCUUGGGAGACAAUGAUAUUUUUGCUUACUGCAACAACAACAGCGUGCAAUGUUUUGAGCUUCCACAGCACUCAGACUCUUCUCGCAGUGAACAGGUGAUAGAGCUUAACCCAAAAUGUGAAGUGAAAGGCCAUGCUUUGGGACCCGCUUCCCUCUCACUCUCUCCUCAGAAGUCAUGGCUUGCCUCCCUUGGACGAGAUGGCGUCCUGCAAAUCAGAAGAUGUGCUUCAAUGGAAAAAUGCAUUGAGCUACAGUGCCAUUCCAUGUGCCUUACUGGAGUUCAGCUUGUGUCCUUCUCUGCUGAUGGCCAAACUAUUCUAACUGCUAAUACCAAAGAUGGCUCCCUCGUGUGUACUAAUCUGAGAAUGAGUGAAGUUGCUAAUCAUCAGCCCACAAAGUACAGCAAGUCAUCACGGGGUAAUCUACAAAGUAUAGUCAAAAAUGAAAACUCUGCCCUUGGUAUGCUCAAGUGGAGUGAACAGGUUUCUAUGAGAAAAGCUGAUGAUAACAAGAGCAGUGGAAGUUUGCCGUCUAUAGAUGUGAUAAAACAAGAUGAAAAAAAUUACAAAGCUCUUCCACAUAAGACCUGGUUGGAAAGUAGACAAGAGGCGAUUGUGAAAGAAGACAAUGAAGCAUUUUCUGAAACAAAAGAAAACCUCAGGAAGAGACUGAAGGAGAUACGUGAUACUAUACAAGAGAUGAUGCGUGAAAACGAGAAUGUUCCUGAAAUUGAGCGUCUGGACCAAAAAGAGUUCAAUUUGGAUGAGGAUGAGCAGACGAGACUAGAGGCCAUGAUAGAGGAGGAAGUGUUAAAAAUGAAGACUGAAAGUGAGUGGAAUAUUCUGGCCAAUUACUACCUCCGUGACCUUAUAAAAAGGGACCACUGGGACUCUAUGAAGGUUAAAGGCAGAUCUGUGAAGGCCUUUCACUCUGACUGCGAAGUAAAAAACUACCCUCUGAAAGAACGCACUCAACAAGAGUUGGAGGAUCUACACCGAGUUGAGCAGAUGAGAAAAGUUGAAAAAGCCCAAUGCACAAAUCAAAAAGAGGAGGGAAAGGAAGACAAUGUCGACAUCAAAAGCAGUUUCUCUUUUGAAUUUGAGCAUUCCAGUCCUUACCUCUACAAUCAGUUUGAAGUGCAGAGUCGAGAACAGAGAGUCAACCAAAUCAUUCUGCUACAGGAUGUGAUCUAUCAAGUCAAAACAGCUUUUAACAAGGAGUUUGAUGCAGCCCAUAAGCAGAAAGUGUAUGAGCUGAAGAAUAUCCAACAAAGAAACACUCGCAUCAAGGAGAUCAUGACAGAACUGGACCUCCACGAGGAGAUGUGGGAGCCCAGUCUAACCACAGCCGAGUGGCCCGAGAUGCUGCUAACUGUCCAAGACUCAGAGAUUACAGCUGAGAAAUACCUCACCCCAGAGCAAAAAGAAGAGCAGGAGAAGAAAGAGUUGGAAGAGAAGAGGCGUUUGGCUUCCAAGGGUGAUAAAGCCAGGGAAAGAGCUUUGGACUCCAUGAUGGGGGGAGUCCUUGAAGUGAAGAAAGCAGACAUCCUAAAAUUAGAAAUUCCUCCGCCUGAGUUUGUUUUGACCAAACCUGAGUCCGAGUGGAUCGAGGAGGAGAAAAGGAUACAUAAAGAAUACGUGAAGAAGUCUAAAGAACUGAAUGAAGAAAAAGAGAAAUACAGAAAAGCCAUGGAAACUGAGAUGAAAAAACUGCAGAUGGCCACAAAAGAAGCCACUGAAAAGUUUGAUGAAAUUCCGGCAAAGCUGUUUGAGAGGAAAAAGAAAUGUGAAAUGGCUGUAUAUCAGGAAGAGUUAAAAAUUACCUAUCUGCUCUACUCCCUGCUCGUUGAAGAAGAGCUGAGAAACCGGGAGGCGGAACUCAAGCUCAAACUUGAACAACUGCUGAGAUACAAGGAUGAUUUUGCAGAAGAGGUGGUGAAAUAUCAAGAUGGAGUGGAGCAAUUUCGCAUGGCUUAUGAUACUAUUGUCGCUGAGGACAAAGAUCUUGACAAAGAAUUCCGGAAAGAGUUCAGCGAUGUCCCGAGCCACUUUGUUGACGAACUGUACAAAUUGUUCAAACGUAGACCCAGGGUCCAAAAGAUGAGAGCACAGACCACUAAAAACCCAAUUCCAUUCAAAGACCCGGCUCUGUGCGGAUCUAUGGCUCCGGACAAUCUUGGGAAACUGCUGAAGGCUGUGGAGGACAUGGACUCACCUCAGAAUAUGCCUGAGAACUUGAAUCUGUUCAUCUGGGAAAGGUUCUGCAUUUUCAGGAGAAACAAAAUAGAGAAAGAACACAAGGUUAAAAUGAAUGCCCUGACUCUGGCUGAGAUGCAAGCAUUUCUACAGAAGAGGAGAAAAGAGGAGAGAGCCGUCAUAGAUGAAAUCGAAACUAUCUCUGAGGAGCUCAAAAGACUGCAUAAAGUGAAGAAUCAUUUCAUGGUAGACCUGAAGAUACAGGUCUUACUGAAAGGGGGCCAAGUACAGGAGUCUGAUACAGAGCUCACAGUGGACUAUUCCAACUCUGUGCUGCUCCACAGACGUGUGGUCGAAGACCUGAAAAAAACUAUUAUUACGCUAGGAGAACAGAAGAUCUCAACCAUGGUGGCCUGUAAAGACUUUCGCAAAAGCAUCGUUCGGCAGGAGUGGGAAAACAAAGUAGACAAGAUGCACAUUGAAGAUCUAGAAAAUAAAGCUAGAGACAUCCAAAUGUUAAGGAUCUCUGAGGAACAACAGGAGUAUCUUAACAAGACUGAUACAGCUAGUCGGACCUCUAAGCAAGUCACUAUCUUGGAGAAAACUAUAGCAUUUCAAGAAAAGAGUCAUCUAAAAAAUGUGGAGCAUCGCAAGAAGAAGAUUAAGCAGCUUGAACGCCAGGCUGCACUUAAAUCUGAAAAAACCUCAGUGUUAGAGGUUCAGCGGUCAGAUAUGGAAGUCACUGUAUCAGAUAUCAAACACAUUCAUGACAGAAUAGCUACAGAUGACCCAUCAUUAAAAACAGAGGAACGCUACCAAGAGAUUGUCCAAAGGAGUAUGCUGAAGAACUUGGCCCAGGCGCAGGCCGAGGAGCUGUCUGUGCUUUGGGCGGAAGUUGAACGCCUGAGGACAAAGAACUUUCCCUCUCUUAACCAGCUGCAACAUCACUAA